UUCUUCUCUGUAAUUCAAAACAGGUUGUAAUUUAGUAGGAUCGCAUACUGUAGAAAGUUUGGCAGGUUUGCCUGUUGCAAUAAAAUCUUUCCGCCUGCUAUGGAGCCAGAUGUUUCAGUGUUUGCAGAUUUUAUCGUCCGACAUCGCCCUGCUACGGUGGGUUCUAGCAAGUUCUUCAGUGCAACUGUGCUCGGUGCAUGGGACAGAUUUCUUUAGGCUGUGACCCCUCGCCAGGUGUCCCUGGAUACUAAUUCUAGAAAGGUGAAGAUAGCUAAACGGUGUGACAAGCAAGGUAAUAGAAAGGCGCGAUCAUGGCGAGUGCCAAGGCGAUGGCGCAGGAUGAGCAUCACUUUGUUCUGAAGAGUGGUCAUGCCAUCCCUGCAGUUGGGUUAGGCACUUGGAGGGCCGGCUCAGAUACUGCUCACUCCGUUCAGACAGCCAUCACUGAGGCUGGAUACAGGCAUGUAGAUACGGCUGCUCAAUAUGGAAUAGAACAGGAGGUCGGCAAAGGGCUUAAAGCUGCGAUGGAAGCUGGAAUCAACAGGAAAGAUUUGUUUGUGACGUCAAAAAUAUGGUGCACAAACUUGGCUCCUGAGAGAGUUCGACCAGCAUUAAAGAACACGCUGAAGGAUCUCCAGUUGGAUUAUAUCGACCUUUACCUUAUUCAUUGGCCCUUCCGUCUAAAAGAUGGAGCACACCAGCCUCCUGAGGCUGGGGAAGUCUUGGAGUUUGACAUGGAGGCAGUAUGGAGGGAAAUGGAGAGACUUGUGACAGAUGGACUGGUUAAGGACAUUGGUGUCUGCAAUUUCUCAGUUACCAAGCUCAACAGACUGUUGCAAUCAGCUAAUAUUCCACCUGCAGUAUGCCAGAUGGAAAUGCACCCUGGUUGGAAGAACAAUAAGAUUUUCGAGGCCUGCAAAAAACAUGGAAUUCAUGUUACUGCCUACUCCCCACUGGGUUCUUCUGAAAAGAACCUUGCGCAUGAUCCAGUUGUCGAGAAGAUAGCCAACAAGCUGAACAAGACUCCAGGUCAAGUGCUCAUCAAGUGGGCUCUCCAAAGGGGAACAAGCGUUAUUCCAAAAUCAACUAAAGAUGAAAGGAUUAAGGAGAAUAUGCAGGUGUUUGGAUGGGAGAUCCCUGAAGAGGACUUCCAGGUCUUGUGCGGCAUCAAAGAUGAGAAGCGAGUCCUGACAGGAGAGGAGCUCUUCGUGAACAAGACCCAUGGGCCAUACAAGAGUGCAUCUGAGGUCUGGGAUAACGAGGACUAAGCUGCCAUGUUUCACCCAAAGAUAUGGCAAAUAAUGGUUAUGAUGUUGGUCAUGCACGAAGGAGUUAUGUGAUGUUCUCCAAGCACUGUGACGAAACCAGCUAACUCAGCACAAGAUGUACUACUAUGUGUAAAACUAGUAUUGUUCUAUGUGUGCUCUUCUUCAAGCUUUGUGUAACCAGCUUCUCAGCACAAGAUGUACAGCCAGUGCUGUAAGAUAAAUAAAAGUAUCAUGGCUUUGCCGUUGCACUUGCUACUA